GCCCCUCAAUGGAUGACAUAAUGUUAAAAAUGGCGAACACAUCAAACAUACGAAUUGAAUGUCACUAUUAGUGAUACUUAUAUUUAGUAUACAAUAGUUAUGCAAAAUCAAUGGUUGUCCACAACAUCGAUGUCUCAUCAAUGGUCAUCAUAGUUAUCACCAUCACUUGAUCCAUAUACACACAAACGUCACUGAAUGCAACAAUGUUUUGAUAAAUGAAUUAUCAAAAUAUAGAUGUCAAUGCGGUCAUCGGGUCGGUACCGUCUCCGAUGCCCGCGCGGCCGGUCAGCACACCACUCAUGACAACAGUUGGCGGCCACUGUUUGCCGAAUUCGUCCGUCAAAAUAAUGCCGUCAUCGCGAAGUCAGUCGACGACACCCGAAAUGAAUGGCUUUAAUGCUAUACAACAACAACAACAACAACAACAAUACCUACAUUUUCAACAACACUCUGUGAUAAACAAUGUUAACGACCCGAAUGGUCAACAAAUCGCAAUGCAAACAAUGUCUCAACCAUUUCAUCAUUUGUUAGUAAGUCGUGACAGUGGAUGUCUAUCAGCACACGAUUAUCAUCCUGUGGUGACCGACAGUUCGUCCCGAUUGUCGCAGACAUCGCCACUGACUCCACAUUCUCAAACAGAAUUCAGAUCAAACACCACAUCUUCGGCAUCAGUAAUCUCUUCCGCUUCAGACGAGUCCAAUACAUCGGAUUUUGCGUCUCCUUCGCGACGACACUCGAGCGACAACAAUGACGAUAGAUAUUCGCAAACGUAUAACAAUUCAAUGGCCACUGACUAUAAUCAAUCUUCUGUAACGAACGCACAUUUGAUGGCCAUUUCUGGUUCGGCACCGGGAGCUGGACUCAGUCGCCAACAGCUACUGUCUGGUCCCUGUCCUGUAUGUGGUGAUCGUAUAUCUGGCUUCCAUUACGGUAUCUUCUCGUGCGAAUCGUGCAAAGGAUUCUUUAAGCGUACCGUUCAAAACAAGAAGAACUAUGUAUGUCUUCGUGGCGCUAAUUGUCACGUUUCGAUGACCACUCGUAAGAAAUGUCCCGCCUGUCGGUUCGAUAAGUGUUUGAAAAUGGGUAUGAAAUUGGAGGCCAUACGCGAAGACCGAACUCGUGGUGGUCGCAGUACAUACCAAUGCUCUUAUACUUUAUCGCCGCAAUCAUUGGCCGACACUCGUUUGCUGGAUAUGACCUCAGCGUCAAGCGGUCACUCAGAUGUUCAAAUAAAUACUGUUAAUAACGAAUCUCUAUAUUCAACAAAUAUGUUGACCAAACGUGAGCCAGACUUAGACUUAAUGGAUACGUCUGAGAAUAAAACCGUUGAACCCAUUCCACGAUUAAUACAAGAGAUACUAUCUGUUGAACACCUGUGGCAUAAUGCAGACAAAGAGACCGAUAGUUUGGUCGAUAAUAAUAAAUCCGAUAAACAGCAAAACACAAGUAUUAGUCAAGAGUCAAGUGAAAUAGAUUUGUGUAAUAUCGCUGAUCAUAGACUUUAUAAGAUAGUAAAGUGGUGUAAGAGUUUACCACUCUUUCGUGAGAUUCAGAUGGACGACCAAAUAUCAUUGUUGAUCAACUCGUGGUGUGAACUUCUUUUGCUAAGCUGUUGCUAUCGAUCAAUAUCAACACCAAACGAGAUCCGACUUUCGAGCGGCAAAUCAAUCACUUUAAACGAAUCGCGAGAAUUGGGUUUCGGAACAGUCAUCGAAAGAAUGCUUAAUCUUACCGAUCAUUUGCGUCGUUUAGAGUUUGAUGAAUACGAGUAUUGUUGCCUUAAAGUCAUAAUACUUCUCACGUCAGAUGCAAGUGGUCUUAAAGAAAUAGAAAAAGUAAGGUUGUGUCAAAAACAAGUGCUCGAAGCCCUGCAAACAUAUACCCGUCACCAUUACCCGAGUCAGCCCUCAAAGUUUGGCGAACUAUUGUUAAGAAUUCCCGAUUUGGAGCGCACCUCACAAGUAGGCAAAGAGUCGCUGGCAUCGAAACAGAAAGAAGGAGAUGUGCCAUCAUUUAAUCUAUUGAUGGAACUAUUACGAGGUGAUCAUUGAUAAUGUUGAUGGUGACAAAUCCAUGUUUUACCAUAAUUACCGACUAUCUCAUAAAAAGAGCCAUUUUAUUGAUUUGGUGCCAAUUUUUUAUUAAGCAUUAUGUCCUAUAAAUGUUAACCAAUUUUUAGGUUUUAAUAUUUAUUUUAUAUUUUUUCGACAAAAAAAAGGUUUCUAUAAAUAUAAUUGUAUAUUGAAUCUAAUUUAUUAUUAUUA